GACACUUGACGUAUCGAUUGUUAUCGAUUUUGUUUUUGUUUUUAUUUAUUAUUGAAGGAUAGGUAGUGCUUUACUUUCCCUAUUUCUAAAAAUUAAUUAAUAUUAUUGAAUUACACUCGUUACUUAAGUACAUAUUACGUGAUUUUUAAACUAAAUAGUGAACAUAAUAAGCAAUAUGGUUUGCCAAGGUUGUCUUAGUGUGGACAGAAAACUAAAGGUUGUUGACGAUGAAGUUCGGAAGAUUUAUUUAAGUUUUCUUGAUACAGAGUACUGCAACAACUUUGUGCAGCUGUGCUGGGAAUGUGGGGCUCUUUUUAAGAGGCUUCUAAGGUUCAGGCGGCAAGUGAGAUGUGCUCACACCAUCCUUGUUAGAUAUUUAAUACCACAAUCAAAAUCUCUAUCAACUCUUCAAACCACAGAAUGCAAUAACAUAAUAGAAGUAGUUCACGACACAACAUUUCCAACUGCAUUUGUGAAGAUAGAAGAUGACUUGGGAGAUGAUGGCCUGGGUGAUGGGAAUGCAGAGUUUAGUGAUGAUUUGGUGGAAUUUAAUGUUGAGGGAGUGGAAAUUAAGACUGAUAUAAAAUGUGAUCCAAUACUAGAAGUGCCUGAGCCAGAAAGGAGUAAAUCCAGAAAACGGAGCAAAGCUUGUGAUGCCUUCAACGAGUCAGAUGACGAGCCUCUGUGCAAGGGAGACAAAACCAAGCCUAGAGGGAGACGGAAAAACGAAAACGAAGGGGAAAGGGGGAAAAGGAGUAGGAAGCGGAAAGCAUCUCCAGGUGUAGUGAAUAACGCUACAGUGCAGAACAAGCUGCAGAAGCUGAACGCUGACGCUGAACAUCUGGAAAUGGUGGUCUUGAGCUGGGACGAGGUGGAAGCGGAGCGUCAGAAAGCUCUCACCAGUCAUAUGUUCCUCCGUCAUGAGCACCGAUGCUACACGUGUAUCGUUGGGUUUAACCACCGCUGCAAACUGGACGAUCAUAACUCUAAGAAACACGACCCGUCGUACGGGACAGAAGAGUGCAGCGUGUGUCGCGUGCGGUUGAAAAACUCGUGCGCUCUGAAAGCGCACCGCAGGAGGCAUAUUUCCAGAUGGCGCUGCCGGUUCUGCGGCGACGUGUGGUCGCGCGCGGAGGUGGCGGCCGACCACGUGGCGCGCGCGCACGGCGGCAACACGCCCGUGCACACGUGCGGCGCGUGCGGACACACCGAGACGAGUCUUGGCAGAUUGAGAAAUCACAUAAAAAGUCAUUCGGAGAAGCAGAAAUGUGAACUUUGCGGAAAAAUGUUUAGGAAUAAGGACUCGCUGAGGACGCAUUUGUUUAUACAUAAAGGAGAAAAGGAGCACGCUUGUCCGCGCUGCCACAAAAAGUUCCUGUUCAAAAAGGCUAUGGAGCUGCAUCUCAUCUCACACGACGCGAGCGCGCAGCUCUACUGCCAUGAGUGUGACAUGAACUUCAAAAACCAGAUGUCCUUCAACCAACACAUGAAAUAUAAUCUGAAACAUGUGGACCCCGCUAAACUAAAGCAUGCCUGCACUCUAUGCGAUAAGAAGUUCGUGAAAGCGAUUCGUUUGGAAGAACACAACUUGGCUGUACACCUUAAAAUGACACCAAUUAACUGCACCGAGCAAGGAUGUAACUUUGCGUGCUCGUCGAAGCCCGUGCUGCGCACGCACGUGCGCAUGCUGCACCGCAACGCGCGCGCCAAGCGCGACCACGUGUGUGACGUGUGCGGGAAGGCGUACUCCACUAAGAAAAGCCUAGAAGGUCACCUGCGGAGCCACAGCGGGGAGAGACCCUACCGCUGUACGUCGUGUCCGGCCGCCUUCGGCUACCAGGCCGCGCUCUACAAUCACAAUAAACUAGUGCAUCUCAAACUUAAGACUGGUCGUCGCGGCGCGGCGGGCGAGUGGGCGGCCGCGGCGCUCUCGCUCGACGCCGCGUCCACACAUGAUACCAGCACAACACUAUUGUAGCUUUUAAUUAAUAAAAUAUACAUAUUUUUUUAUUA